AUCCCUUUUUUAAAGCCUGAACGGCAGCUGGCGAGAUUAGACAGGAGAGGACACGGACACACACUGUCUCCCUGGCAUAAACUCAUUCAAGUGUAGUGGGUUUCUUUUGGAAUCCUCUUUGGUUUGUACAAACAUUUCUCCUUGGCGUGGAUGAGUUUAUCUGGACCUUGAUUUUCCAAUGAUCCAUUCGGGUUGUAGACCUCCAGCAGUCUUAUGGUGGACCAUUUCUUUCAUCGGGAUCUCCUUACACUGACUUUUGCGAUAGUUUAAUUUUGACUGGCUCGCCCCGUUCAGGAAUUGACCAUGAGUUGUUUCGGGUACCGUCGAGAGCUGAGUAAGUACGAAGAUGUCGACGAGGAUGAGCUUUUGGCUUCGCUCAGCCCGGAGGAGCUGGCCGAGUUGGAAAAAGAGUUGGCAGACAUCGAUCCUGAUGCCAACGUGCCAAUAGGACUCAGACAGAGAGAUCAGACAGAUAAGACUCCGACGGGGACUUUCAGCAGAGAGGCCCUGAUGAAAUACUGGGAAAACGAGACUCGGAGGCUCCUGGAGGACGAGAUAGGAGGAGGAGGAAGCCCCAAACUGGAUGAAGAAGAGGAGGAAGGCUGCUUGACACAAAAAGACAGUGAAGUGGACGAUGAAAAAAAUGACGAGAACGAGAAAGAACUUAAAAAGCACAAACAUUCGAAAGAGAUAGCUGAAAAUGAAAAGAAGAGCAGUGACGAGGAAGAAGAGGAAAGCGAAGAAGAGGAACCUGUAACAGAAGAGGAGGAGGAGGAGGAGGAGGAUGAAGAGGAGGAGGAAGAGGAUGAAGAGGAGGAGGAAGAGGAGGAAAAAGACAAUAAAUCCAAGCCUGAACCCUUGAACGAUUCAAGUCUCUUCAAAGCACAGGCGAACAGCCCAACCCUACUGAAGCCUCAGAGGGUGGAGCCUAUGCGGGUAACUCCACCCCCUCCUCCACCCGUUGACCUGAACGCAACUGGAAACCCAACAGUUGUUGACGACGCCCUGCAGAAAGUCCUGAGCAAUGACCCUGAAGUCACAGAGGUUAAUCUGAACAACAUCGAUGACAUCUCACAGGAAACUCUCAUUCGAUUCGCCGAAGCCCUGCGACCCAACACCCACGUACGAGUCUUCAGUCUCGCAAACACUCGGGCCGAUGACCACGUAGCUCUGGCCAUUGCUAAGAUGUUGAGGGAGAACUCGUCCAUCAUCAGUCUGAACGUAGAGUCCAACUAUGUGAGUGGGAAGGGUGUGAUGGCAUUGGUGCAAGCGCUUCCGGGGAACAGCACCUUGACUGAGCUUCGGUUCCACAACCAGAGGCACAUGUGUGGAGGACAGGUGGAGAUGGAGAUGGUGAAGAUUCUGAGGGAAAACUACAAUUUGCUCAAACUGGGUUACCAGUUUAACCUUCCUGGUCCCAGAAUGAGCAUGACCGGGAUCUUGACCAGGAAUCAGGACCGGCAGAGACAGAAACGACUGCAGGAGCAGAGGCAGCUGCAGCCAGGUCAACAGGGGGCGCAAGAUGGAGCCGUCAACCCUCGGACAUCUGUACUGAAAGUAACACCUAGGUCAUCACCUUACACUUCCCCAUGGUCCUCACCCAAACCUCCCCGAAAUGACCUGGCCCGAAAGCAAAUCCCACCAGCGCCGCCGCCACCUCCUCCCCCACCUCCUCCCCCUCCCCCACCACCCUCGCUCCCACGGCAGGAGAAGAAGAAGCCCACGAGGAUGAUUGCCGAGGUCAUCAAGGCCCACGAGGCAGGCAGCAAGAAGGCGUCCAAAACAAAAGGGAAGAAGGCCAAGAAGGGGAAAGGGGCGGGCAAAGACGAGACGAGCAGCAUCCUGACGGAGCUGAAGAACGCCCUGAGGCCCGUGGCGGGGGACAGGAGAGGGGAGGAGGGCAGCAGGCCGUCCACCCCCAUGAGGUCUGCCCACGAUCAGCUGAUGGAGUCCAUCCGCAAAAGCAGCGUCCGCAACCUGAAACGGGUGGAGGUUCCACAUCAUCUUCGAUAAGAAAACCAAUAAUAACGAUGAUGGCGUGACCAACAUGACGACUGCGGUGAAGCCUAAAUGAUGACAGACACCUGAGCUUACUGUUGCACUAUACAGUGAAAGCUUGACAUGUGCAAUAAGCUUUUGAAAACCAGUGCUCAUCAGCUUGAAAAUUAAUUUAACAUGCAUCGCCUGAUUUGUUUACUGCGAAUUGUUUUCUUGUAAGGUUGUAAAUAGGAUCUGUUGUGUGCAAAUUUCCAAAUAUAACAAUUUGCUGUUUAUAACAGCAUUUGUCAAACUA